GUAAAAGAUGCUACCACCGCUCGAUAUUCCACUUUGUUUAUCCUUAAGUUGAGAGAAAUCCAGUUUAUUGACGAAAUGAACGCGGACGAUACUAAGUACAUUUGCCUCCCGGCUGUGGAUAUCAAAACGGAAUAUGAACCAAAGGAAGAAAUCCUGGAUGAGACCUUAGUGAGCUAUGGAUUAAGUUAUCCUGGAAGUGAUCCAACCAGUGGCCACGAAACAAAGUGCGGCAGUAUAUUUCUCUCUGUUGAACGAACGUAUAUAUUUGUCUGUGAGUACUGCUGUGCUCGGUUUGGAGACAUGGGAUCACUAGGGGUGCACCUCGAGAAUGUUCAUUUCGACUACAUCAAGCAGGAGGAUUUCAGACUUGAGACAGUACCCAAGGAAGAAGCGGAUCCUGACUGUGAUACGAUUGAGGAUGAAGCAUACCCGGAAGAGCAAGUACCAUCGACAGACAUCACCACAACUAGCACGGAUACCCCAAGCACUUCGGCAGCAGCCACACCACCAGCCCCCACCAAGACUAAACCCUACGCCUGCAAAGAAUGCAAUAGUCAGUAUUCAACGCGGAAGGCAUACGUACGUCACAUGAAGCAGCACGGACUUCCCGAGACUCAGACUCCUCCCCAGAAACGAAGAGACGUAGUCUAUGCCCUCCAACCUGACUUUGACGAGGAAAAGAACUUUUGCAACACAUGCAAUCUUCAGUUCGAAACCAAAAGACUUUUUAGAAAUCAUAAAAUUGCACAUUUGGACAGAAAUCGGAAAGAAGAAAGAGCCAUCGAGACCGCACAGCUCACAUGUGAACUCUGCGGGUGUCAGCUAACUUCAGCAUAUAAAUUCAGAGCCCACCUGGCUACAACGCAUGGGGAUGAAAUUCCAACGUCACUACAAGGGGAUGCGUCCUACCUCAAGUGCUUGUUCUGCCAUCUAAAAUUCGAAAAACCAACAACUCGCUUCGUGCAUGAAGAAUCUCACAAUACCGAGGAGAAACCCUACCGAUGCUCAGUCUGUCCGGAAACAUUUGCAAGAGCAAAUCAGCGUCAGACCCAUGAAAGCAUCCACUCCCUCACCUCAACUUCAGCGCAACAACCGAAAGCGUUAGAGACCAAGAAUCAGAGCAAAUUCAAGACCAUAGUUGUGUUCGCUUUGGAGCCGAGCUACGACGAAGAAAGGAACUUCUGCAACACAUGCAACCGCCAGUUGGACUCGAAAUCGGCUAUGAUGAACCACAAAAAGGCUCACAAUUGGAAGAUCCGGCAGCAAAGUGAUGACAGACCAAAAAUCGAACAGUUUCCUUGCGAACUGUGUGAUCGUCAGUUGACUUCCGCAUAUCGAUUCAGAUCUCACGUAGCGACCAUGCACGGGGAUGAAAUCCCGAAAUCCCUUCAAGGCGACCCGGCGUACCUCAAAUGUCUAUUUUGCCAUUUGGACUUCGAGAAACCAACAGUCCGCUUCCAACACGAGCAAACCCAUAACACUGAAGACAAGCCCUACCGAUGUUCAAUGUGCCCGAAAGCCUUCAUGCGAUGGGGGGACCGAAAAACACACGAAGCUGUCCAUCAGCGGAAACCUUUCAUUUGCCCGCAUUGCCCGAAUAUGUAUAAAACUCGCUUGCAUCUGAGGACCCAUAUUAACGGCGCUCACACUCAAACGGAUACCAAACAAUAUCCUUGCGAAUAUUGUGGGAAACUCUUCGAGUCCGUGGCUGAGCGGAAGUUCCAUGUUCGGACCCAUAAGAAGCAAAUUCUCUUCGAGUGUGACGAAUGUGAUGCGAAGUAUGGAGAGCGACGCAACUUGCUUUUGCAUAAGAAACGCCAUCAGAAUAAUCAAGAUGAAAAAUGCGAAAUUUGCGGGAAGUUCUUCCUUACGAAGAACCAUUUGAAGGAUCACAUGAUCAUUUCGCAUUCCGAUAAGCCAGCCUACAAGUGUUCACAUUGCGACAAGGAGUUUUUACAGAAGAGGAGUUUCAUUGGGCAUUUGCGCGUGCAUAAUGAGAACAGCUAGUCUAGUCUAUUUUAAGCUUAAAAUGUGUGAAACUUAAAUUAUACUGUUCAAAGAAAUAAAG